UCCUUUUUCAGACGUAAAAGAUUUUUCACGCGAUUUCUUCACAUUUUGACCGUUUAGAAAUUUUGCAAGUGUUAUUUUAAUUAUAAAAUGGCGUAAAAUCACUUUUGAAAGCAUAUAACUUUAAACUUAAACAGUUCGAGUUAUUUAAACAAUUCUGUGUUAAUCGGCGUGGCGUAACCUUUUUUAGUUUGCCAGCGUGUCUCGCCCAGGCGAAAUAUAGAAGGGCUGAUCGUUUUUGGAUUUAGAACUUACCAAUUAGUUAUCUAGUUUAAGAUAUGGAAUUCCAGCAACCACCUCCACUACCACAAACUGAUGUCUCUCAACCGCCACCUCAAUUGGCAGCACCGUCAGCGCUAGCCACAAAUGCAACACUAUUACCAUCACAAUCAGGAGGUGGUAGUUCGUAUGGCUCACAUUACCGCAAUCACUACCAUCCACAUCAUGGCGGCCCUGGAAAACCCGGAUACCCGUACUUCAAACCAUUCAAUCCUGGCGGUUUCCAGAGACCAUUUGGAAUGACACAAGAUGAUUUUGAUGGCAAGCGUUUGCGAAAAAGCGUUAUGCGAAAAACAGUUGAUUACAAUGCAUCCAUUGUAAAAGCAUUAGAGACACGUCUAUGGACACGUGAUCAACGUGACCGACAUGCGCCACAACCCGAAAGUAUCUAUGUACCCGAACUUUUACCACCGUCCAGUUACAUGGACAACCCAUCAAAUGCAGUCACUACUCGAUUUGUCAAAACCGCUACGAAUAAAAUGCGGUGUCCGAUUUUUACGCUCGCCUGGACGCCAGAAGGCCGACGUUUAGUGACUGGCGCCAGUUCCGGUGAAUUUACUCUAUGGAAUGGGCUGACUUUCAAUUUCGAAACCAUAUUGCAGGCUCAUGAUGUUCCGGUUCGUACAAUGGUUUGGUCCCACAAUGACAGUUGGAUGGUAACUGGUGAUCACUCUGGCUACGUCAAGUACUGGCAAUCAAAUAUGAACAACGUGAAAAUGUUUCAAGCGCACAAGGAGGCGAUUAGGGGAAUAAGUUUCAGUCCAACGGAUAGUAAAUUUGUGAGCUGCAGCGACGAUGGCACACUGCGGAUAUGGGAUUUUCUACGCUGUCAGGAGGAGCGCGUUUUGAGAGGUCAUGGUGCUGAUGUUAAAUGUGUACACUGGCAUCCGCAAAAGGGACUGAUUGUCUCCGGCAGUAAAGAUAACCAGCAGCCCAUUAAGCUCUGGGAUCCAAAGAGCGGCAGUGCGCUGGCCACACUGCAUGCGCACAAGUCCACUGUGAUGGAUUUGAAAUGGAAUGAUAAUGGUAAUUGGCUGGUUACCGCCUCACGCGACCACUUACUCAAACUAUUCGACUUGCGUAAUUUACGUGAAGAAAUGCAAGUAUUUCGCGGUCACAAAAAAGAGGCCAGCUCUGUGUCGUGGCAUCCCAUACACGAGGGUCUCUUCUGCUCGGGCGGCUCUGAUGGCUCAAUACUCUUCUGGAAUGUCGGCACCGAUAAGGAAAUUGGCUGUGUAGAGACCGCGCACGACAGCAUUGUCUGGACACUGGCCUGGCAUCCGUUGGGCCACAUACUUUGCUCAGGUUCAAAUGAUCACACGAUCAAAUUUUGGACUCGCAAUCGACCCGGCGACUUGAUGCGUGAUAAGUACAAUUUGAAUACGCUGCCUGCGAGUUUGGCGGCGCUGGAUGAUUGCGAAUAUGAUGACGCUGUCAUUCCUGGCAUGGGCCCCGAGGAUAAAGUCGAAUUCACCGAAAGUCUCACUGCUGAUAAGGGCUUCAUUCCCGGUCUUGAUUUGGAUCCGUCGCGGUUAGGCGAUAAGAAAGUGCCAUACAGCAAACCCAUACCGCGCAACUUCCAAGCACAAUGGGCCGGCUCUCGACGCCCCGAGGAAAGCAACUUUCACGAUGAGUUGGCCAUGCGCGAGCCCAAAGAUACAAGCGGUUUGUCGCAUCAACAGAUUAGCGAGAGCGCCAUUGAGGGCAUGUUGGCCAGUGGCGUGCUCACCACAAUGGAUCCACAGGCUAUUGUUGGCAUGCUCGUUUAUAAUCGCUUCAUACGCGUCCAUCCCGACUCGCGCGUCAUGGUGGCCAUACGACAGGGUCCCGAUUACUUGAACAAUUAUAUCGAUGCGGGCAAAUUGGACGAGCUGCGCGAUGUGGUCCCGAUUCGCGACCGCUCCCGAUCGCUGUCGCCCACUUUGGAGGGUCGAGAGAGUUCACCUCCUUCGAAGCGCUCACGCUUUGACAACCGGCAACAUAGCGCCCAACUGGUAUGCGUACGUGAGCUGCUGAGUUUGAAGAAGCCGUUUUUGCCUUGUCUUUUGCAGCUGAAGUCGCAACAAGCACCGCCACAGAAGUCAGAGUAUGGCGAUGAUCCGCGCGAUUCCCCUCAGCAACCAAACUUUCAGCAGCAGCAGUAUCCGCAACAGCAGCAGUCGCCGAUGCAACAAUCCCAGAGCCGACCUAGUCCAUGGGCCGUGGGUCCGCCCUUCCAACAACAGCAACAACAAACGCCUAAUCCGUGGAGCACAUCGCCCAUGGGCGGUGGCCCGAACAUCGCUCCGAGCAUGGUGCCACCUCCCAACCAGAACGGCUUUAACGGCAACAAUGGGCCCUUCAAUGGUCCGAAUUUCAAUAAUGAUUAUGGGGAGAACGGGAUGUUUCCUAAAGGCGGUGGCGGCGGGUCAGGGCCGGACGACAACAGUGGCGGCAUGCACACGACUAAUAUGAAUAUGAACAUGAAUAAUAGCAACAACAAUAUGGGCAACAACAACUUUGGUAACAAUCAGCGUCGUGGCAAUAGAAGAGGCGGGGGACGUAAUCGUGGUGGGCGGAAUAACCGACGCUUUUAGAUCAAGAAGUAAAGCUUCGAGAAAAAAAAAACAGCACCAACACAAAUUAUUCUAAGCUCUUUCGGGGAAAGGCGCAAAUAUGCUAGAUAAAUCGCAACGUCUUUCGGGCAGCGUUGGACAACUUUUUAGAUUCUAAGUCAACAUUUAUGGCCCUAUUUUGUAUGGCGACUGGGGUCUAGUUGCCAUGGCUACCAGUAUCGCAAAUUGCAUUUUGUAUAGCGAUUAAUCUCAGUAUACAGAAAAGUGCACAAAAUAUCCGAAUUUACUUUCUUGACGUGAACUUUUCCAAGUAAUUGGCAAAUUUUCUCCAAUGUGUUGAAUAAUUUAUGUGAACAAAUAACAAAAUUACCCAUAGCGGGAAACAGAAAAUUCCGCUACUAGACUCAGUAGCCAGUCAGUAGCCAUACGUAAUGCGAAUUUUAGUAUAUUGGUGGCCCAUCGGCUAUCAGUCGCCAUACACAAUACAGCCAUUAUAGUGUAAAUGUUAAUGAUACGCCCACCAAGUAUGAAUGAACACUACAAAGGAGUCACUCACAACCUGCAAAAAGUCAAAAAAGUAAAAGUGGCAAGAUUUCGCGGACGCACUUGUUUCAUAGUUGGUGGUAUUCUGUUGCGUAUAAUGUAUGUGUGUAGGUAGUUUGUAACCGUUGAACGAACGUACACAUGCGUGUAGGUAGUCUAUGCCCAUGCUAUGCAUUAGCCGCAUUAUAUUAUAAAUUAAUACAUUUAAGUUUUUCAUUAAGUCAUCAGAUACAAAUUAUCAAAGCUGCAUGCGUUCUAAGAAGAGGACGUAUACCUCUUUAGCGAUCGGCGUUGUGUGUAAUAAAAAUAUUAACCUUGUAUGUAUGUAUGAGAAGAUAUGAAAGAAAAGCUAAGCAAUCAUUGUUGUAGAUUAUUCGUUUUUAGCACAUAUUGAUUGAUGUCCUUUCAAAGCAUUCAUUUCUUAUUUACCUUAAUUUUGACUACCCUCAUUCUUUAAUUAAGAAAUCAUUAAACCCCGCUUAUGUAUAAAUAGAGAACAUGAAUAUGUAAAGAAAGGAAGAAAU